AUGUCGAAUCAAGAUGUGGGGGAGGCUCCUCCGCCCCCCGGCGUCACCCCGGAUUUCCAUUCCAGGCCCUGGCUACUGAACGCCAACCGCAUCGCGGUCGCUGUGGGAGUGACGGUUUCCACGUUGUUUUUAAUUAUGCGAAUUUAUACCAAGUCGUGUGUUAUUAGAAAGUUUUGGUGGGAUGAUGUAUCGGCACCCAAGCAACGAUUUUGUGUGAGAUUAUCCGUUUAUUACCACUUGAACGCCAACAGCUAA